AAAUUGUCUGACGGGUAUGACGGGCUUGACGUGUGUUGUUUUGUUUUCUCUCUAUCGAGCAAGCUAGCUAUGGCGAGAAUUCAAAGCCCUUUGUGGCUUUUGCGAGAGUGUCGUUGAGCAGCCAGAUGCCCAGACUGGGUAUCUGCUCGCAGCAUUUAAAAUGGUUCCAACAAAGAACCCACAUUCUGGCUACUUCCUCUUUCUCAUUUUGUCUAUCUGGUUAGCUUUUGGGUCUCUUCUUCCUCUUUUAUCUUCUGGGGUUCUUCCCGGACCCUUUGUCCUGCGAUGAGUUUCAAACCGCUUCUUCUCUUCAAUCUGGAUAGAGCUCGGAAGGCGAUGAGCGAUAGAACUUGGAGGGCGAUGGCGUGAGCGAGCAGAGCAGCAUUUCUUUGGCUGUGCUUUCGCAGCAAUGGGAAUUUGCAAGGAUAUCCACAUCCUCCAUGUCGCAUCGUCGGAGAAGCCAGCACCAACAGCGGCAUCGAAGCCUGUCCAUCAAAAGGACUCCUCCCAAAGCAUGUUUCUUCCGAAGCUCGCAGAUCCACCCAUCAAUCCGAACUUCAAGCCCGUGGACUACGUCUCGACGCUGGCUGAAAUCCAUAAAGAGCUAGGCGUUGCUACAUCCAACCAAGAAAAGUCUCGACUCUACCUGGAGCAGUCGUUCGUCUUCCGUGGCCUCGGCGAGCUCAAGCUCCUCCGCCGGAGCCUCCGUCUCGCUCGCCAGCACGCCACCACCAAUCACCACAAGCUCGUCAUCGCUGCCUGGCUCAAGUUCGAGAGGCGGGGUGAGGAGCUCGAUGAGAACCCGGGCGAGAGCGCUAGUCACCGAGCUGCCGCUACUUCCACCAGGUUGGCCGAUCAUAUCCCCUGCCUAGCUCUAGAUUACUGCGAUGAGGACGAGCAGCAGCAGCAGCAGCAGCAGCACGAGAGGUGGCACUUCUCGGACGUAGUCUUCCACGUAGAGGGUGAUCGGAUUUACUGCAACCGGCAAAAGAUGGCCGCUCUCAGCCUGCCUUUCGACGCCAUGCUCAACGGCUGCUUCACCGAGUCGAGGAGGACCAACAUCGAGUUCUCCAGGAACGGGAUCUCGGCCAUGGGGAUGAGAGCCGUGGACAAGUUUGCUCGCACGGGAACCAUCGGCAGGCCCUCCCCCACCGUCGUCAUCGAAGUCAUGACGUUCGCCAACAAGUUCUUCUGCGAUAAGUUGAAGGAGGCCUGCGACCAGCGGCUGGCUACGUGCGUCCACACCCUCCAGGACGCCAUCACCUUUCUCGACUGCGCUCUCGACGAGAACGCCCAGUCCCUGGUCGGAGCCUGCUUGCAAGUCUUCCUGCGAGAGCUGCCGAAGUCGCUGUACAUUGCCCCGGUGUCCAAGCUGUUUUCCACGCAGGAUGGGCGCAAGAGGCUGUCGGCGGUCGGCCACUCGUCGUUUUCUCUCUACUGCCUGCUCGGCCAAGCUGCCAUGGACGACGACUUCUCGUCCGACAUGACGGUCAAGCUGCUCCACUUCGCCAAAGACUGUGCGGUGUCGUCCAGGCAGAGAGCUCUCGCGUUGCACCAGCUCGGCUGCUCGAUGCUCGCCAGGAAGCAGUACAAAGAAGCUCACGAGUUCUUCGAGGCUGCCGCUGACGAAGGCCACAUAUACUCGCUGGCCGGUGUCGCGAGAGUGAAGUAUAUGCGAGGUCACAGGAUGGCGGCCUACUCGGAAGCCGCGAGCAUCAUCGCUUGCUACAAGAACAGCGGCUGGAUGUUCGAAGAGAAGUCCCUGUACUGUCUCGGCCAUGACAAGCUCUCGGAUCUCAACACGGCCACCGAGCUUGAUCCAACUCUGACGUAUCCUUACAAGUACCGAGCUGCGGUCUUGAUGGACGAGAAGAAAGUUCACGAGGCUAUCACGGAGAUAAGUCGAGUCUUGCGAUUCUGCAUCACCAAGGACUGCCUGGAGCUCAGAGUUUACUUCAGUCUGGCGCUGCUCGAUUACGAGGCUGCUGUGAGGGACUUGCGGGCGCUCUUGACUUUCGAUCCUGGGUACAGGAUGUACUCUGGACGCGUCUGUGCUUCGCAGCUCCUGGAUCUUCUCAAGCAGCAUGUGGUGCAGUGGACCAAGGCAGAUUGCUGGAUGAAGUUAUAUGAUCACUGGUCAUCUGUCGAUGACAUAUCGUCUCUAGCAGUCGUUCACCAGAUGCUGGAAACGGAAGCUGAGUCUUCGAAAGGCCUGCUUUUCUUCCGGCAAUCUCUGCUGCUGCUCAGGCUAAGUUGUCCAAAGGCCGCGUUGAGAAGCUUGAGGCUGGCUCGAGAGCACGCCGAUAACAACCAGGAAAAGCUCGUCUACGAAGGAUGGCUUCUUUACGAUACUGGACACCGCCAAGAAGCACUCAGAAAGGCGGAGGAGUCUAUAUCCCUCCAGAGAUCCUUCGAAGCUUUCUUUCUCAAAGCAUACGCCCUGGCAGACACCAGUUUGGAUCCGACAGCGUCCACCAAAGUUAUUGGACUGCUGGAAGAAGCGCUCAAGUGUCCGUCCGACGGGCUUCGCAAAGGCCAGGCUCUCAACAACUUGGGAAGCGUCUAUGUCGAUUGUGGAAAGCUGGAGCAAGCUCUGGACUGCUACGUCAACGCACUGAAGAUUCGGCACACUCGAGCUCAUCAAGGCCUGGCUCGUGUCUAUUUCUUGCAGGGAGACCGCAAAUCCGCUUUUGAUGAGAUGACAAAGUUGAUCGAAAAGUCGAUGAAUAACGCGUCGGCAUAUGAAAAGCGAGCUGAGUACUGUGAUCGCGAUCUGGUCAUGGCCGACUUAAGCAUGGUGACGCAAAUUGAUCCGCUCCGGACCUAUCCAUACAGAUACCGAGCAGCAGUUGCUAUGGACAGCCAGCGAGAUCGAGAAGCCAUAGCCGAGCUCUCAAAAGCCAUAGCUUUCAAGGCCGACUUACAGCUUCUCCACCUCCGUGCCGCUUUUCAUGAAUGCAGCGGAGAAAUAUCAGACGCUCUCCGUGACUGCCGCGCUGCUUUGUCCAUUGAUCCGACCCACUCGGACACGCUAGAGCUUUACGGACGUGUACAGCAUCUCUCAUAAGUACUCAGCGUGGGGCUCAGCUCGACGAUGGCUCGAUGUGAUCCUCAUCUUGUAAAGUUCGUGAAAGUUCUCGAGGUAAGGUACUCAUUUCCCAGGCGGCCACUUCUGACGUUAAGCCUCUUAACUCGUGCAGCUCAGAGAAUGUAUAUCGAAUCCGUUCAUCUGGAACACACAUUUCGUAAGUGAACGUUUUCCUUGCGAGUCAAAUUCAAGUACCUCUUCCAAUUUUA